AUGUUAUUUACUUAAGUUCACCCAUCCUAACAGCUAGUUCAAAAAAUAGGUAAAUUCUGUUUGCCAAUAUUAAAUAAUUAUUUGAGGACAAUUAAUUUCUAAAACUAAAUCAAAAAUUACAUAUUUACUUCUUAAAUGGUUUAAGUUAGAUAAAAUAUAUAGUCCGCUUCACCUUUCCUUUUAGAUGCAAUUAACAAAUUAAAUUAUAAAUGGAAUCUGAUAAUUUCUGAUUUUAGUAAAUAAAUCUUUAAUAAUCUUAUUUUUGUAUUCCAUUUUGUAGAUUUAUCUUGGGCCCUAUUAUAUUUGUUGAGUCAUAUUCUCAUCCUUUUCUAUACUUCCCCUAUUUUUUCAGUUAAUAUAUUGAUGUGCAUCUUCCACUUUCUUCUCAUUCUUCGUUGGGAAUCUUAAUGCAUUAUUAGAUUAAGUAUAGGCAAUUCUGAUUUGAGCCAAGGUUUUCAUAUUGAACUUCAAUAUAAAUCUUCUUCUCGUUUCAUAUUGGUUUUUCUGGUUUAGUACAAUGACUUAUCUUAAGAACUAUCUCUUUUUGGUAUCACUUUGGAAUUAGUAUUAAAUAUGUUUAUCAAAAUGAGUGCAUUCUAUGGUAUUAAAUUUAAGUAAUUACAUCAUAGUAUUGAUUGUAAUAAUAAAAUUUUUAUGAAUUCAUACAUUAAUAGGAUAAAUCCAAAAACAAAUACGACAUUGCAAAUUGUUUUUUUGGCAAGUGCUGGUGUGUGGUUGAUUAUUUUGUUAUUUUCAAAUUAUCAAUUUUCAAAAUAGGAGUAUUAUGGGGAAUAGUUGGAAUGCAAAUUAAAAUAUGAUGGGUAUAAGAGAUGCAGGCUCAAUAAUAAAUUGCUGUAUAAAGAAAGAAUUAAUUCAUCAGAUUGUCAGGAUUAAUAUGUAUGUAAUACGAUUUUAGCUGCCUAUCCUAUUACAAUUAUUGAUUUAGUUUUAAUUGUGAUAGCACUAACAAUGUGUUUAUUGAAACAAUCGAAUUUGCCAGGGAAUACUAUAAAUUUCAACUACAUAUCCAUUAUUUCAGUUGCAGUCUCAGGAUUGACAUUAAUUGUGCUGUCAAUAAUUUUGAUGUCGGCAAUUAACAAUUACGAUCUCCAAGCAUGGGUGAUUGUGUCUUAAUUUUUUGUCUCAUUAAUCUUAUUUGCCAGUCUAAUUUUUAUAAGAAGGGAAGAACAACUCUCUUCCGAGAUAUUGAAAUAAGAAUAAUUGAAUAAUGUCGAGAUUAAGUAAUAUGUUGUGUAUUGA